GGACCUCGGCGUGGGACACCGCGGCCGGACGGUCGAGGAGUGUGCGCCCGGAAGCGGCAUGUUUGCAGCCGGUAGGGCCAUGGCUGCUGUGACGCUGCGAGCUUCUGCGCGCGCCCUGUGUCCCCCAAGCCGGCUUCAAGGAAAUUGGCAGAUGCAGAUUAGAGACAGCCACCAGCGAGCUUCAUUGUUGUCCUUCUGGAAACUCAUUCCCAUGAGAGCAGAACCGCUUCGAAAGAAGAAGAAGGUAGAUCCUAAAAAAGAACAAGCUGUAAAGGACCGUUUGAAAAGGAGGAUCCGAAAACUGGAGAAGGCCAGCCAGGAACUGAUUCCCAUUGAAGAUUUCAUCACCCCUGUGAAGUUCUUGGAUAAAGCAAGACAGCGGCCCCAGGUGGAGCUCUCCUUUGAGGAGAGUGAGCGGAGAGCUCUGCUUCUGAAGAGGUGGUCCCUGUACAAGCAGCGGGAGCAUGAGAUGGAGAGGGACACCAUCAGGGCCAUGCUGGAGGCCCAGCAGGAAGCUCUGCAGGAGCUGCAGCUGGAGUCCCCAGUGCUCUACACUGAGGCUACUAAGCGGGACCCCAGCCUCUUCCCCUUUGAGAUGAAAGGGCCAGAUUACACACCACCAGUCUCUAACUACCAGCCCCCUGAGGGCAGGUACAAUGACAUCACCAAGGUGUAUACACAGGUAGCGUUCAAGAGAUAGAGUUGCAGGCAGCUGUCCUCAGAACACACUGCUCCUGAGAACCAGAAUGACCAGGGUUCAAGACUGCUUUCCACAGAAUCAGGCAUGCUGUUAAUAAAUAUAUGUAAGCUUAAUCAAAAA